AUGGAGAUAGCAAUAGAAGACAAGUCCAGAUCUCAGGUUUCUCCUUCUGGCCAACGCUUGCCUCCUCCUCGAGGCUAUUAUGAAAAUGGAUGGCGCUGUUCCAAUAAUACCUAUGAAGCUUCCAACCCCGACCCUCAUGGCGCUCUUCCACGUGGACCACCGAUGUAUAAUGCCUCCACACGGGGGAACCCUCACAGUCCUCCCGAAAUGCCCUAUGGACGACCUGGUGGUAUACCUGCGUCAUCUUCGAGUCAUCCAGAAACCCAUCCGCCGCCACCUCCCAGCUACCAGUCCAUGAAUGGCUCACACGAACAACCACCGCCCAUCCCACAACAACAGCAACCUCAACCACUACCGAAGCAACCUGGACAUGCUAAUUUCCAACCGCGUAUGCGAUUUCCCUCACAUGGCCGUCAUCCAAAAGGUGAGACCCCUGCAUUAGCAAUGUUUUCUCACUCGGAUCCAAUGCAAUCAAUACCGGCCUCACAACCUUAUACCCACGGCGCAGCUAUACCUCCUCCUCCUGGGGUGUAUGAUACAAAUAACUACUUCCUUAGCCAAGGUGCAAUGCCUCUAUCUAACCGCCAACGGCGGACAACGCGAGCUCAGCAGGCUUGCGACCAAUGCCGCUCCCGAAAAGCAAAAUGCGAUGAAGGUCGUCCGUCCUGCAGCCACUGCAAAGAAAAUAAUGUUCCGUGUGUUUAUAAGGAUGUACCCCCUCAGAAGCAAGAAAGAUCGACACAAACCAUCCUUGAACGAAUAGACCGACAGGGAAAAGACACGAGAGAAGAACUAAUGACAAAGUUGAAUGAAAUGACCACUCUUCUGUUCGAGGUCAAGUCACAAAUGGAUACCAUGACUGGUGCUGUUCCUCCGAGGGGACUGACAGAUUUGACGUCUAGCCUCAGCAAGAUAGAAGAAAGUGCGAACUUGAUGGCAGCAAAUCCUAGACCACCACCAGGGGUCCUUUGCCCCAAUGAGCAUUCAUUCGAUGCUUCCAUGCAUCGCCCCCUCCACGUCAUACACCGGGAUGAAAUUCGACUCCAAGACACUCCGAAAAUUGAAAAUCCUGAUACUGAUACUCGGGAAUUGUCCAUACCAAUAGAACACACGACUGCGGCUCACAAGCUACUUUUAUGGCCAUCUAUUCAGAAGCUAUUCCCGGAGAGGAUAGAUGAAGAUUAUGUGAUGCACCUGGAAGAAAACAGGGGUCCCCUCAGGUUAUAUGGCCAAGGUGAAGGUGACAUACUUGCGGACGUACCAGGUACAUCACCAAACUCCUUAGAAUAUGAUAGUUCUAUUGCAACCACAUGUUCAGGAGACAUAUGGGGUUCUGGUUUUGGAUUUCCCUCUGGGUCUGAACACGCGAGAUACUCCAUGCAGCCUCACCCCGGUGGGUUAACACCAAUUGGUAAGCUGGAUCUUGAUAGAGACGUCAUUCGGACGUAUUAUCAUAGCUACCUGGAGAAUAUGCACGCUCUCCAUCCGUUCCUUGACGCCACGGCAUUGAAUUACAUUAUUUUCAAUUUCAUACAACAGUACAGUCCGCACAAGCCUUCCUUCUCAUCCUUCGUUCCUCAACUACCACAAACUCCUCUCAAGCAAUCGACUGCGUUUACGAGAGGGAAAAGAAAGAGGCCUGCCGAAAGGACAUUUGAAGUAAACGCUGAUGCAGAUGUGGAAACGACCGCCGCUUUGAGCCCCGUCAUUCAUAAGUCAUUGGACAACGCAAUUGUGCUUCUAGUAAUUGCACUGGGAUCGAUAUGCUCUGUGAAAACAGAUGUUCCCGGACCAGUGGUUGUAGGACAAACGCAUCCUAGUUCAUUUUAUCAAGCUGUCAUUCCACCCUCGCCAAUCCUAGCAGACUCUGGUACGGCAAUGGGAUUCCAUCCAUCAAAGGAUGAGCUAUAUCCAACUUCAGCAGGACAUAACCAGAGAGUAUCUGGAACUGGCCAUGGGAUCGAUGGUCAGAACUUAACGGACCAGGAUGGUCCCAUUCUGAGAAAUAUGGAUGUCAUCCCUGGCCUAGCGUACUUUGCUUUAGCUUCGGAUAUUUUGGGCAAUGUAGUGGGUGGUGGUGGUCUGAAACAUACACAAGCGUGCCUUCUUGCGGCCUUAUACACGGGCCAACUCGCGCGUCCAUUUUCUAGUCAUGCCUGGAUAUGCGAAGCUUCAAGGGCUUGUCAGAUUCUCCUGAGACCCCGGACAUUUGACCGCAUCCCAAAAGGAACCCGCCAGAAAGAUCUUAUCAACUUUGCCUUCUGGACUUGCCUACAGCUUGAAAGUGAUAUUCUCGCCGAACUAGAUCUUCCUGCAAGCGGUAUAAGUCGGUUUGAAGAUCAGCUCUAUUCCCAAGAUGGCCUUUUUCUAAGCACGAGUGAACGACAGAUGCCAGACCCAUUUAUCAUGAUUUAUUACGUUGCGCAGAUUCACUUGAGAAAGGUCUUGAAUCGGGUUCAUACUGAGCUGUACAAGACUGAUAAACUUGACUCCCCAGGCCGAAAAGCCUCUUGGUCAACAAAAAUCCAAGAAGCGUUAAGCUACAAUCUUGAAUCAUGGAGAACAGGACUCCCAGACAACAUGAGAUGGGAAGAAUCCGACUCACCCUCCGACAACAUCAUCAUCGCCCGCAUGCGCGCCAAAUACUAUGGAGCCCGCUACAUCAUUCAUCGCCCGUUACUCCACCACGCCUUGCACCCAUCCAACUUCUCUUCAGAUGCAGUAGUUAACACAGCCGUGGCAUUCCAAAAUUCCUCAAAUAUGUCUACUUCUCAUGCGCGAAUCUCGCCGCCAUCGAUCAUGGUCAACCCGGGGCAACUUUCGACAAAUAAUCCGGCGGAAAUGUAUGCGAACGAUAUGGGUCCACCCAAUAGACCGGUGACCCUGGCACCUAAUCAGCCACAGCGGGUGCAGCACAUGCCUCCCCAGGUGUCGAUUAACUCGCUUGAUCCAAAAAUCCGCAAGGCGUGUCAGGCGUGUAUUGAUGCAGCGAUUCAGAGCACCGUUGCUUUUGAUGGGGUUAAAGGGAGGCCGGUUGUCACUAAUAUAUUUGGAACAGCGCAUGCGCAAUUUGGAAACAUGCUAGUUUUAUCAGCAACGUACAUGUCGCCGCUAUCGCAACUCGUAGAUCGAGAUACUCUGAAAAGGCUUCUGGAUCGCACGAUCAAAUUCCUAUCACAAAGCCGGCAUAUCUCACCCAGUCUGAAAAGGGAUGCUGAUAUCUUGACGUUGAUUCGUCUAAAGAUAUUUGAGAGUACAUCCUCUGGGGGGGUAUAA